GGGGGGGGGGGGGGGAUACAUGCAAUCUGUCCACAGACACGUCCACACUCACUGCACAUGCCCACGCCGAAAGCGAGCAGAAAAAAACACGACACCUACGCGCCACCAGUGCGUAAAAGCGCCCAAUGCUGUGGAUGGUUUCUCCGGGGGUUGCGGAUUCCCCCUUUUCUCCCUUGGAGGACUCAUCUCGAAUACAGGAGAGCGAGGCUGGGCGGAAAAGAGGGGAUGCGAGUUUCCUAUUUCAAGACUCCAUCGUCCUCAUGUGAGACGUGGAGAGGCAGCCGCCCAACUGCUUCUCUGUCCUGAAUGAAACCCUCUUAAGGUGGAUGAAACGCAUUAAAAUUACAUGUCCCAAAGGAGCGCUGCCAUUGCAGGCGGCAGCCCACGACCAUAAAUCAAGGACUUCAUUGAUUUCUUCAUUAUUGCUUCACAGAGCAACAACAGAGGAACAGGCAUGUUUGCCGGUCCGCUGACCUGCGGGUGUGCACCAUAGGAUUCUAUUUCUGGAGUCUCAUUGCUUUUACAGAUUAACUGCCCUCAAAUAUGGCCCCAAUCCGUUCACUGCGCUACUAGUUUGACUGCUGCUGGAGGUUGUGCAUAUUCCAGCUUCAAAACACCCCACUGGGCAUCAGUCCAGUCAUCUGAAGGCCCCGUUGCCUUUGGUCUCUUUUUGAAAGCAGUGUCAGUGCACUUUUUUUUUUCAGACUCAUGAAAGGGAACAAACAAAAAGAAUUACAUGCCGUGACAACUUGAAGGUCUUUUUUUUGUUAUUCUCAAACAGUCGUGUCUAAACUCACGUCAUUGCUUGUUUUCACCCGGAACUGUUGAAGGGAAAUACUGACAUCCAAAGCUUUCAUUCUAAUACUGGGACACUUAGAUUAAGACUUCGUAUUUAAUAGCAAGAGACAUUUUCCAUGAGCUCCUGAGGGCAAUCCCACUGAAAUCCCACUGCCCAGUGUUUUCAUUAGCCCGUCUCGGGCUAAUCAGGGUCCUCCAUCAUCAGAAUUGACAUUUCCAUAUUGUAUGAGAUAGAGAGUACCCCGACAUUAGCAUAUUCAUGAAAACUAACGCACUCAAUCAUGUGCAAUGGAAGACGGGACAAAUCCUGAGCCACCGAGUCCUGAAACAAAUAUCUUAUGACAUGUGAGGAAAAGAGAAUCUUUAAUCCCCCAGCACAAACUUCAGCACCACGUCUCAUAGCACACAGGAGCAGGCCAUCGGCACAUGAAGGCUAUUUCACUCUAAAGUAAACCUGGCGCGUGUUGUAGGCCUCUGGACCAAGGCCUAUGAUAAGACAAAAAUUAAAGAAAUAGGAUUAAAGAUGGAUUAUCGGGGAAACAGUAAAACCAGCGAAGCAGCUGCCUUUGCAUAAGCCCAUCGGACACUCUUCAGGGAGACACGGCGCAGACCGAUUUGUAGAUUACAUUUCGCUGUUGAUGUGGUGGCCCCUUGCGUGGCCGGCAUUGAAAGAGAGGGAUGGAGAAUCUGGAUGAGCUGGAGCACCCUCUUCUGGGAGAAAACCCCAAUAACAGCCGGGCAUCGGGGCCGGGGCCGGGGCCUGGGACUGGACAAGCCCCGGCUGGGCUGUUCCAUAGCAUCCUGGUUAAGUGCGAGGAGGACAGGGCCUACCCCCCCUUGGCAUGGAGGGGCUAUUGCGGACAUCCUCCCGAGCUACAGCAGCAGCAGCUGCUGGACCCUUGCUCCUUACCUCGCACACUGGAGUCCUUUUACCCACCGGCCCCCAUGUGGGGCCACACGGACUCCCUGCUCAGCAAAGACUACCUGGAGACGACCUUCGUGGAUAUUCGGCCCGGCUCCACACUGGAGAGGAAGCUGUUGGCCGAGGCGCAGGACCUCCACAGCGUGUCCUACAGCAUGGAUGAUGAGGAUGACCUGCUUCCCGACUCUGACGACUCAUCCAUUGAGGACUUCAGUGAUACAGACAGCGAGAGCAACUUCCCUCUAAUGAUCCCUCAGGACUACCUGGGUCUGGCCUUUUUCUCCAUGCUCUGCUGCUUCUGGCCCCUGGGCAUCGCUGCCUUCUACCUUUCACAGAAGACCAACAAGGCGUCGGCUCAGGGGGAUCUCCAGGGGGCCAACGCGGCGUCGCGCCAGGCUCUGUGGCUCUCGGUGCUCUCCAUUGUGUUUGGAAUCAUAACGUACAUCUGUGCCAUCGCUGCGUUGAUCUCCUACCUGUCGGGAAAACCACCGUAACAGCGGCUCUUGCGCGAGGAUACGCCUUUUCACGCGCCCCAUGAAUAGCAACACAAGUCAACAUAUCACCUGUAAAAUAAUCAGUCUCUGUCCGUCAACCCUGUCUGCAGUCAUGUUUCAUCCACACUGCCGGAAAAGCAAAGAAGGGACUGUAAAAACGCACGUGGAGAGCUUGUGUGUAGAUCAUAAUCAUGUCUUAUUGGAUUAGGACAUAAUUCAGCUCAGUGGACAUUCCUUGCAUGUGAAGAAAAAUCCCUGAACAUUCAGUAUCACUCCAUGUAGAAGAAUCCGUCUGUAACUGUGAUUUAUUUUGACACCCAAGGUCUUAAGUCACCUGUCCUUUAAGUCUGUGCUAUAGUCGUCAUCACGUGUUAAGCAUUACUGACGUACAAAAAAAAAAAAGAGAGAGAAAAGAAGUGAGAGUUUUUUGCAGAUGUUGAUAAAAAAAAAACUAUAGAUAUCAUAGUCCUGAAAGCAAUGGAUUCAUAAUGAGAGGGAGGAAAUAGGGGACACGUGGCCUCGGCUGCCCGGGAAGAGCUAAGUGGAGAGCAGCGUACAGCGCCGAUGGAGUCUGCAGAUUUAUGAGGUCAGAGCAAGGACGUGGCAGUGGCUAAAAUCCUGACGGACCUUGCUGUUGAAGGGCCUGAGCCAGCCCGGGAUGAAAACUGGUGGCGGUUUAAGAGCCCCAGAGCUUUAUUUUAAAAACAUAUGACAGGCCAGAAGCAAAACAUAGAAACAUAGGAUUUCUUUCUACGCUUCUGAAACACUGCACAUCAUUUGACCCAUCCCGAUUUCACAUUCAGCGUCCUUCACCGUGAACCAGCAGACACGACCGAUUCUGCUCUGUUUAGGCCAAGUUGGAUGAAGUCUCUUUAUGUGGAUAUACACAUAGAUCUACAUGGAAAAACACAUAUAGUGCCAUUAUAUAAGAAAACAAAUACAAAUGAAAUCCAAGGUUGUGGCAGUAUCUCAACACUAGCUUAAGAUGCUGCCUCAUACUGUACAGAGCACCACAUGUAGAUCGCGAAGAGAUAGUCAAGGAGAAGUGCCAAAAAUAUGGAAGAAACUCUGAGGAUGAUCCUUUUGUGAGCUAUUCCAUUAAUAGUCGCUACAGGGCUGCAACUCCCUAAAUAUGGAUUCUGCUAUUUUCUCCCCUUUAAAGAGAACAAACACUCCUGUCCCUGAAAUCCUCCAAGAAACUUGCAUCUUGCAAUAGGACAAACCUAAAAAAUGAAGUGAAGCUGAAACUUGUGUAAACAAACACAGUAACGCUUUGUUCAGACGGAAAAAAAAAAAAACCUUGCAAAGAGUAUGACAAGACAGGUGGCGCUCAGCGACGUGAUGCAUGAGUCAGUCAAAUGUCCGUUUGAACAGAUACCUGCAUGGCGACUGUGUCGGUUUGCCACGCGCAGGCCUGCUCCAAGCUUCGAUCACUCCCUCCAUUUGGUCCCGGGUCAGUCAGAGCAGCUUUGAUAAAAGAAAAGAAAAAAAAAACAACUCUAGCCAUAUUGGUUUGAGCUUAAAUGUGCCAUAAAAAAGCUCGAAAUAAAUAUUUUAAAAAGUGGCUGUACGGUAUAUUGACAUUUUCUAUGUAGAUGUUUAGUUUUUAUAGUCCACAGCUGAACUAGAAACGAUUAAAAUCACUACGUUUUCUGCAAACCGUGUUGUUAUCAUGACUGAGCAGACAGAUUAUCAUCACCACAAGUGAUAUGUGUGGACACACCUGUGAUACCUCAGUGUCUAACCUUCGUCUGCCAUCACUGUUGAUGUGGCGCGACACACAGCCCCGUACACUUCUGACAAUCCUUACACGUCCUCCGUCUCCUCUGGACUCCGUCGAUGAGAAGAAGAAAAAAAACAACAUCCUUUGUCGUUACAGCCGAGUUAACACGUGAGAGAUUUAUGUGGGAGCAUUUGGUGUGGACGAGCCUCGACUGAUCACGCAGCCAUUAAACAGGGUCUAGUCCGAUUUGUCUCACUUUGUCACCUGAACAGAUAAACAACUGGACACAAAUAAGUGGACAACUCACGUGUCGAUGAAGGUCAAAGGUUGUGACAAGAGAUAUUCAGUUCCUUCCCGGCUCACACUCUUGUGUUACAUGUAAAUAUUAAAUUGGAAGAUAACAACCCCCCAAUGAAUCCCAAUAAAUGCACUUGUUUGACAUUCA